AUGAGGAAUGUCCCUCUCGACGAGAAUGUGCGAAUAUGUUUGUUGUACGAGUUCAGACUAGGAAGAGUCACCGAAGUAGCAGCCUACAAUCUGAACAAAGCGUUCGGUCCUCAGGCUAUUUCGUUAUCCUCCGUGAGCCACUACUAUGCAAGAUUCCGACGAGGAGACACGAGCGUGGAACCGAGUCAGAAGGGAAAAUACUGUAAAGUGGACCCGGAAUUGGUGCGAGCAAUGCUGAAAAGGGAUCCAAAACUAUCAUACCGAAAAAUGGCGAAAGAAUUAGGAGUGGAUGGAAAGACGGUAUCCAGGCUUGUGAAGAAGAUCAAGGAGGGAGCGGUGUUACCCAAGUACAAGUACAAGGCUGUUCCUGCCGCGCAGCUCAUAGAAGAGCCUAGCUCCAACUAUCUGGAAAAUUUGCUUGGACUUCCGAAACCUGUUCUCGCUGAAAAACUUCUUGAAGUGCCUCUUUACGAUCAUCAUGAAGAGCCCCAGAAAAUUACGGAGGUUUCACAGGGACAAUUGCAAGGAGGAAAUGGCGCAGGUUCUCCCACCAACCGGACGGCUCUGAACACGCGACGGGUUCCUAAAGGUUGCUCUUCUUAA